AUGAGCGCUCUCAUCGAAAGCGAAACAAGACCAUCAACAGAAGAGGGUCCCCGCUUUGCUAACGUGGUGCUUCUACCAGCUCCGGGUUCAGAACAUGGUGCUACUAUGGCGAGUACCUCGCCGGCUCAUGCCAACCUGAGUCAAGACACGUUUACGGAAGAACCAUCACAGAUGCUCGACGACGGCAACGAAUUGACGUUCCCUGACAUUUCUAUAUCGGUCCGCAGUGGACUGCCCGAACACCAGCAGCAAGCUGUUAUGAACGAAGCCUCACCGUCUAUAAGCUCCACAGGACCUGCAGGUGAAAUCACUACGACACUUGUUUCGAACGGUAACGACGCACUACGGCUUUUGUACCAGCCUGCGAUUGAACAUGCGAACAAGGAGGGUACCUCACCGAGUAAUCAACGGCCCAUGACACGGCAUACACUGCAUCGUACCGGAGAAAUGUCGAGCCCUGGAACAACAGCCUCUGUGGUGGCAUCGAGGCCUAAUCACAAUUCCCCCAACUCUCUCAGCCCUUUGACGGUAUGGCGGGCCUUUCGCUUCGUCAGAAUGGGCUGGUUCACCGCCGAGGAAGCAGUCAACUACGUUGACCUGCAACAAAAUCUAGCACCACUAUCUCCUGUCUCAAAAGGCUUUGACCUAAGCCACGAAAGACACUAUAAACUCAUCACACAAGAACCCCUCCUCUGCUGUGUGAUCCUGAUGAUAUCAUCCCGAUACCAUGUCUUAAGUGGUCACGGUGGCCUAGCUAGGAGCACUAUUGUCCACCACCGACUAUGGGAGCACUGUCAGCAUCUCGUCAUGAGAAUUAUCUUCGGCCAAGAGAAGCGAUCCAAAGCAAAGACAAGAACCCGAGGAUCUAUUGAAGCUUUGCUACUAAUCAUAGAGUGGCACCCUCAAGCGAUACAUCUACCCCCGGCUUCGGAUGGCUGGGAUUCAUCUAAUUUGCUCACGGACUUCGAUCCUCGGGAUGAUCAGUUCGAUAAUCAAGCCGACACGACUGAUGAUAACGAAGCUCAGUGGCUACGAGAUGUUAUACUACCCGCCAAAACCUCGGACCGUAUGUCUUGGAUGUUGCUAGGAUGUGUGCAGUCUUUAGCUCUCGAACUUGGUCUUUGCGAUGAUGGCGAAAGAGGUGACGUGUCUACACAGCCACCAGGAUUCAGAGCCCAGCAGACACGAUUGCGCGAUCUACUAUACAUCUUCUUAGAGCAGCAGUCCAGUCGCCUAGGAUGCCCCUCUAUGAUGCCGACUUCUGUCUCACGCUUCAUGUCAGAGCCUUUCGCAAGAGACUUGCAAGGCAAGUCAACCACGGUGACAGCAUGGCUCGACUUGACCAAUCUUACACGAACUAUUAUCGAUGUUCUAUGUCCUUCGGCAGCAGCGAUUCGAGAGAUACUUAGUAGCUGCAGAUACAUAAACAUCAUCAAGCACUUUCAAAAGCAGCUACUGGGCUGGAAGACAACCCAUCUCAGCCACAAAAAUUCAUCUCCUCAUGCAUAUGAAGACUUGACAAUUGAGUUCAAUUAUCUCCGCGCUUUCAUGAACUCCUUCGGCAUCCAAGCCGCCGUUGAUCGAGUCCUUGGUCGAAGACCCUCAAAUUCCAUCGACACCGACGUUCUCCAGUCAUCUAUCACGGCAACGGACUAUUCUUUCGUCAAAGAAGUUACCGAUUCUUCGUGUCAGGCUCUCGAGUCAGUCAACAGGCUAUUCGAAGCUGGUACGCUCCGCUUCUGCCCCGUUCGAGUAUUCCUUCGCAUCAUCAUGGUUUCCAUCUUCCUUCUAAAAGCUCUGAGUCUGGGAAUUCGAACAACAGACCUGGAGACCUCCCUUGGGGUAUUGGAGCGAAGUAUCCGAGCUUUGAGGAACAGUAAUCUCGACGAAAUGCACCUCGCUUCUCGGUAUGGAGAGUUGCUGGACAUGCAUCUGGAGAGGUAUAGGCAAAGCAUGGUCCCAACAACGAUUCCACAGGGGAUUCGUGGAGUGGACCAAACCUCCCAAUGGAUAUUCGACAAUAGCGUGCCGCCAGUAGAUGAUUCAUUGGGGAAUUUGUCGAUGCCAGCUGUGGAUGACUGGCUUGCGCUGCCAUUUGAUCCAAGCAUGGCUCCAUUCGGCUUUGCCACUGAUGACCCCGACAUGGCCGAGCCAGAAGAUAGGUCAUGGGAUUUCUUAUGGAGCUUGCCAAACGUAUAA